AUGAGAGAAGUUAACUUUAGUAUACCGAACGUCAACAAGGCGUCGGUCGGCAUCACAACCGCCCUCUACGAUCGGCGAGCACUUGAUUGUACUUCUACACUUCCUUUAAUCAAUUCUUUGAAUCAUUUGGCAUAUCUUACCACAUCCUCGGCUCGGAUACGGGAUAUUCUGACGAUCGAUGGUGGCGUGGAACGACUAGUAUGCAUUCUGAAGCAGGGUCGCAGUCAGGAGAUGAUGGAGAUGUGGAAGUGGAACCUUGCGUUCCAGUGCGUGGUCAACAUUGGUGUCCGAGGAUCAGAGAGUGUACGGACGAGAGUCGUCGAGGCGGAUAUGGUUCCUGUCAUCGCAACAAUUCUAUACAAUUACAUCAAGUCUCUACCGGCUGCUGUGCCGUCGAUGGAUGCUGGAGGUGGACUUCCAUUGAGACCUGUACGUGAUGCUGAUCGUUUGCCGUCCAUGUUACCACCAUUGCAGACUGGCCAGGUUGGGCAAACGGGCAUUACCUCCCAGCCAGAUUCACCCACCACACCAAGCGCCCCAUCAAUUGAAUCCAUACUACAGCCAACGCGAAGUCGACGGCGGCCAUCCGUACGACAACAAUCCCACUCUGGUGACUCAGAUGAUACAAACGCGGAUGAGGCAGCGUCGGAAGUCUCGGCUGCAAAUGAUAAUUCUGACGAACCCAUGAUCGAUAUACAAACAUCAGUCGACAUUCAGGAAGGCGAAGACCAAGACGCAAUGUUAGAUGACGUGUCUGUCGCAGACACACUGCAAAAUGUGUCCGACGGGCGAGAAACCGAAACUUUCAAUAUCACCCAUCAAUCUGCGAAUGACGGCAGCAUUAUCAACGCUAACGUUACACCUACGAACCAAAACAUUGGAUUUCCGCCACCUACACAACCAAUGGUUGUGGUCAACAUGGCCGCGCAGGCCAUGCCUCAAAACAGUCAUGCUCGCUACCUUCUCGAUCGGUCGGCUCCACCCGGUAUACUGGCCGCAACCCCUCGCGAUGAAGAUGUCCUCAUGUCGUUGCAACUUCUAGCCUACGUCUCCAAGUAUUGCAAUCUCAGGUCUUACUUUCACAAUUCUCAUCUAGUCCCAAAAUUGAGACUCAAGGAUGAGGUUCUCGAAAGUCAGAACAGUGAUGACGCUUCUCCACCAUGCAACGACGAUAAGGAUGAGGACAGCGAUGACUCAGAUGAAGAGUAUCUACUCCCUGACGACUUCACUAUAUUUCCUCUUGUUGAGAAGUUCACCGUCCGCCAUCACUCCCAGGACAUGCAGCAUUGGGCUGGUGUUGUAAUGAGAAAUCUCUGCCGGAAAGACGAUGCACGAGGUGGCAUCAGGCAGUGUGCAUUCUAUGAGUGCGUUCGGCAAAUCUUCGCAAUCAUCUGUUUCCAGCCGCACAAACUCUACCCGAACAUAUUGAUUUACCAAAACUAUGAAUAUUUGUUAGCCUUGAAAAUAGCUGCCUCGAACGGUCUGGCUCCGGCAAAUUGA